AUGGAAGAUAUGAGAAAUCGCGUUCAGACUUUCGAUCGCGUCAACAAGACAAGCCGACAAUACAAGAAAAUCGGCAACGGCGUUUUGAUGGGGAAUAAGGAAGACGAGAGGGGAGGGGGGAUAGAGAAUGGAAAGAAGAGGAAGAUGGGGAAAGAGGGAAGCAAGAUGGUUCCGGGGAUAGAGCCUAGUUUGAUGAUAGUGGGCAUGGAUCCGGAUGGACAGAACGGAUUAACCAGGCCGGAGAAACAAAACGACGAGCAAGGGGGUGGGAGGGGACGAAAGACGAAAGACGGACCAAGCAUCGCUCUGGGAAGAGGCGGGUGGCACAGAUGGGAUGCCCAGUCACUGCACUACGGAAAAGGGCUGGCGAGAUACAUGUGUGUCCGGCAAAUCGGAAGCAGAAGACUGGAGACUGGAGGCUGGGAGGAGCCAGGCGAGACAAGGCGGCCAGAAGAGCCGGGGCGAAACUGGCUGCAAGGGACGGCGCCCGACGAAGAAGGGCUCCUCGCCGAGGCGGCGCUCUUACCUGCACGCUUUGCCUCUCAGACGAGGGGACGAAUGAAGGCGGACGUGCCAGGACCUAGACAAGUGCUGCAUGGUGCAUAG